AACAGGGAGCAGAGAGAGGAGCUUUCAUGUAAAACUGUUGAGUUAAUAGAGUGGCUCUUAGUUUGAGAUUGCCAGUCAUAUUCAAAGAAAAGGUUCACAUGAUCUGAAACCCUCAAAGCAAGAGCAAAAGCUGUGUUCUAUAGCACCCGUAUGGACCUUCAUUCACUCCUCCAUUACUUGGAUAUCUGCCGAUGGUAGACUUGUAGAUUUCAGACAAGUGGGGAUGACGGAGUGGAACUGAAACCAGAGGCCAGUCAGCUGAUUAUCUCUUCAUUCCCAAGGCUGUGAUGCACAACUUUGAACAAAUAAAAGUAAAAGUUACCUGAGAGCACCACACCUGAUCGUUCAUCUACAAAGCUAAAGGGCAAUAUCGCGAAAGCUGCCUACAUGUCAUGAAUGUCCAUGGAUGGAUGCGUGCGAGGCAGAGGCGCUGUCCAAGGUGCUGCAUUCAGCCCCUCCCCUCCCCUCCCCUCCACGGUAGACAUCACGGAGAGACACGUGAUGCGCUGUCUCUGGCUCCUGACAGUCGCUGGAUAAGCUCAACAGGGAAACCAGAUUGCACCUUCUCUUCCACAAGGAUAACUGGAUUUUUGUUUUCACUCCCACCUCCCCCGGCCCGCGGUUUAAAUUUUGUUGUUCUGUCGAGAAACAAACUAUCGAAGACGGAAUAUCCAAGAGGGCGUUGGGACUGAGGACUGCCUUGACAGACAGACUGUUUCUUUUGCUGAGCUUAUCAGCCAGUGUGGCUCCAUAUGGCCUUUUUCCACAUUGCAACAGAGGAUGCAGGGUGAAAAGCCCCGAGCAAGGCUUCCAGUUACCCGCCAAAGAACGCUGGCAUGAACAUGAAGAUUAAAGCUGCCAUUUCAACUCAAGUAAAACCGUGCACACUCUAACUGGCACCAGAAGGAGCUGUUCCAUAAUUACAUAAAUUAGAUCAAGUGUGCCCAAUGGAUAUUUGAAUCCCUGUCACUUUGCUCUAAAUAGCCAUGGCAGGCAGGACCUUUAAACAGUUCAAACUAUUUUGGCGCUAAGAGUGAGAGGUUUGGCCAGUGGCCUGGAUAGUGUGAGGUAAUGAUAUUUGCUCCAGGAGAUUAGUGUUGGCCAAGCCUACUGCUAUGCAAAUAUAUUAUCCUAUUUAGUCUUUUAUUCUACAAUGCAUCAGCUCAUACCAACAUAUCUGUGUGGGCAGUCAAUUAUAUGCCUGUUAGCCUACUCUGUCACAGCCAACCCAACAUUCUUGCUUAAGCAAAAGUUCCUCUAAAAAAAAAAAAAAAAGACGAAGAAGAAGAAGAAGAAUAUCUGCCCUAGCCAUAGUAUCCCUCCACCUACAUCAAGUUGUGGUCACACCAUGGUUUUACAAAUGCGGCAUGGUGCCCAUAUCAUAUGGGUUGGGCUGCUCAUUUGUUGUUUGGUAGAGAUAGGCACUUGUCUAGAAUUUACAGGUGCUGAGGGACAGUGGGCUAGAUUUCCAAUGUGGAAUGCAUGCUGCGAAAGUGAAAUGAGUUUCAACAUGAAAACCAAGAGUUCCCAUGGGCUCCUAGUUUACUUCGAUGAUGAGGGAUUUUGUGACUUUUUAGAACUUCUCAUUCUGAAUGGUAAACUCAGCCUUCGUUUCUCUAUCUUCUGUGCCGAGCCUGCAACUGUUCUGUCUGACACAGCGGUCAAUGACAGCCAAUGGCAUGCGGUGACAAUAAGGAGAAACUUUAAGAAUACAACCCUAAUGGUGGACAAUGAGGUAAAGUGGGUAGAGGUGAAGUCGAAAAGACGGGAUAUGACUGUCUUCAGCCAUUUGUUUCUUGGUGGAAUACCACCGGAAUUACGAUCCGUGGCACUACGACUUACAUCGGCUGCAGUCAAGGACCAGGCACCUUUCACUGGAUGGAUAACGGACAUAAAGGUCAACAAAACGGAGUCUGUGAUGAUCAACAGUGAAGGGGUCAUAAAUGACCUCUGUGGUACAGCCAACAUUUGCUUAAAUGGAGGAGUCUGCAGUUUAAUUAACAACGAGCCAACAUGUGACUGCUCUCGGACGGGUUUCCAAGGGAAGGACUGCAGUGAAGAAGACAACUAUGCUGAAGGUCUGGCACACCUGAUGAUGGGCGACCAAGGUAAAAGUAAAGGGCAGAGAGGGGAAGCUUGGCUUCUAAGGUCCCUACUGAGCAUUCAAGGAAAAGAAGAAUAUGUUGCAACCUUCAAAGGAUCGGAGUUCUUCUGCUACGACUUGUCCUUGAACCCGAUUCAAAGCAGCAGUGAUGAAAUCACAUUGUCAUUCAAAACCCUACAGAGGAAUGGACUGAUGCUGCACACGGGCAAAUCAGCUGAUUACGUCAACCUGGCACUGAAAAAUGGGGCUGUCUCACUCGUCAUUAAUUUGGGGUCUGGAGCCUUUGAAGCUCUGGUGGAGCCAGUCAAUGGGAAAUUUAAUGACAAUGAUUGGCAUGAUGUCAAAGUAACAAGGAAUCUACGUCAGCACUCAGGCAUUGGACACGCUAUGGUAACAAUAUCCGUGGAUGGGAUUCUGACCACCACAGGAUAUACACAAGAAGACUACACCAUGCUAGGCUCUGACGACUUUUUCUAUGUUGGAGGCAGUCCUAGCACAGCUGACCUGCCUGGAUCUCCUGUUAGCAACAACUUUAUGGGCUGCCUCAAAGAGGUUGUAUACAAAAACAACGAUGUGAGGCUAGAGCUGUCCAGGCUGGCCAAGCAGGGUGAUGCCAAGAUGAAGAUCCAUGGCAUCGUGGCCUUCAAGUGUGAGAACGUGGCCACCCUGGACCCCAUCACGUUUGAGACGCCAGAGUCUUAUAUCAUCCUCAACAAGUGGAAUGCUAAGAAGACAGGCUCCAUCUCCUUUGACUUUCGCACCACAGAGCCCAAUGGCCUGCUCCUCUUUAGCCAUGGCAAACCCAAACAGCCGCCAAAGGAUUCAAAGAGCCCCCAGACUCUCAAGGUGGACUUCUUUGCCAUUGAGAUGCUGGACGGCCAUCUGUACCUGCUGCUUGACAUGGGCUCAGGCACCACCAAAACCAAGGCAGUCAAUAAGAAGGUCAAUGAUGGCGAGUGGUACCAUGUGGACUUCCAGCGAGACGGCAGAUCAGGUACCAUCUCCAUCAACACACUCCGUACUGCCUACACAGCCCCAGGGGAGAGUGAGAUCCUGGACUUGGAUGACAAUCUCUACCUUGGGGGUCUGCCAGAGAACAAAAUGGGGCUUGUGUUCCCCACUGAGGUGUGGACGGCGCUCCUCAACUAUGGCUACGUGGGCUGUAUCCGGGAUCUAUUCAUUGAUGGACAGAGUAAGGAUGUGCGACGCCUGGCUGAGGUCCAGAAGGCCGCUGGGGUCAAGCCCUCCUGCUCUAAGGAACCCCCCAAACAGUGUCUGAGCAACCCCUGCCAAAACAAUGGAAUCUGUAGAGAAGGCUGGAACCGCUAUGUGUGUGACUGCUCUGGAACCGGUUACCUGGGCCGCUCCUGUGAGAGAGAUGCAACUGUGCUCAGCUAUGAUGGCAGCAAAUUCAUGAAGAUCCAGCUGCCACUGGUGAUGCACACAGAAGCCGAGGACGUGUCUCUGCGCUUCCGUUCUCAGCGAGCCUAUGGCAUCCUAAUGGCCACCACAUCUCGGGACUCUGCUGACACCCUGCGUCUGGAGCUGGAGACGGGACGCGUCCGCCUGACUGUCAAUUUAGAUUGUAUCAGGAUUAACUGUACCUCCAGCAAAGGUCCAGAGACAAUUUUUGCGGGUCAGAAUCUGAACGAUAAUGAAUGGCACACAGUGCGUGUGUUCAGGAGGGGAAAGAGUUUGAAACUGACCGUAGAUGAUCUGCCACCUGUGGAAGGUCAAAUGGCAGGUGACCACACACAACUGGAGUUCCAUAACAUUGAGACGGGUAUUGUGACAGAGAAGCGCUACAUGUCCAUGGUGCCAUCCAACUUCAUUGGCCAUCUCCAGAGCCUCUCCUUCAAUGGCAUGGCCUACAUAGACCUCUGUAAAAAUGGUGACAUUGAUUACUGUGAGCUCAAUGCCAUGAUUGGCUUCAAGAACAUCAUUGCUGACCCUGUCACCUUCAAGUCACGCUCCAGCUAUGUGACCCUCACUACCCUACAGGCCUACUACUCCAUGCACCUUUUCUUCCAGUUCAAAACCACCUCUUCGGACGGCCUUAUCCUGUACAACAGCGGGGACGGGAAUGACUUCAUUGUGAUAGAGCUGGUCAAAGGAUACCUGCACUAUGUGUCUGACCUGGGAAAUGGAGCUCACUUGAUCAAGGGCAACUCAAACAAGCCCCUGAAUGACAACCACUGGCACAAUGUCAUCAUCUCCAGGGACACAAACAACCUCCACACUGUCAAGAUUGACACCAAGGUCACCACCCAAACUACCACAGGAGCCAAAAAUCUGGACUUGAAGGGUGACCUUUACAUUGGUGGCGUUGCCAAGGAGAUGUACAAAGAGCUGCCCAAACUGGUGCAUGCCAAGGAGGGUUUUCAAGGUUGUCUGGCAUCAGUGGAUCUGAAUGGACGCCUCCCAGACCUGAUGUCAGACGCCCUGGACUGUGUGGGACAGAUAGAGAGGGGCUGUGAAGGCCCCAGCACUACGUGCCAAGAGGACUCAUGUGCCAACCAGGGUGUGUGUCUCCAGCAGUGGGAGGGCUUCAGCUGUGACUGCAGCAUGACGUCUUUUGGAGGACCGCUCUGCAAUGACGCGGGAACAACAUACAUAUUUGGACGAGAUGGUGGACUGAUCACAUACACAUGGCCACCGAACGACCGUCCCAGCACGCGGGCAGACAGGCUAGCCAUUGGCUUCAGCACACAUCUGAAGGACGCCGUCCUGGUGAGGGUGGACAGCUCCUCUGGUCUCGGAGACUACUUGAAGCUUCACAUUGAAAAGGGAAACAUUGCAGUUGUAUUUAAUGUCGGAACAGAUGACAUUAAUAUUGAGGAGACGUCAAAGUUUGUAAAUGACGGAAAGUACCAUAUAGUGAAGUUUACGAGGAGUGGGGGUAAUGCCACUCUGCAGGUGGAUGACCUGCCAGUCAUUGAGCGCUACCCCACAGGCAACAAUGAUAACGAACGCCUGGCGAUUGCUAGACAGCGAAUCCCAUAUCGACUUGGUCGAGUAGUUGACGAAUGGCUACUCGACAAAGGGCGGCAGCUUACAAUCUUCAACAGCCAAACCACUAUACAGAUUGGGGGCUGGGAGCGAGACCGGAGUCGAUCCUUUCAGGGCCAGCUUUCGGGCCUCUACUAUAAUGGGUUGAAGGUGUUCAACAUGGCUGUGGAGGGGGAUCCCAACAUUAAAAUCCAGGGCAGUGUGCGGCUGGUAGGCGAGUCGCCCUCCUCAAUUACGCCACAGUCAAGUGCUACAGCCAAUCGCUCCGAGACCUCUACAUCCAUCAUGGAGAUCACCACGACCACAGCGUCCAGCAGGAGAGUCAAGCAGACCACACCACGAGAGCCUCAGCAGACAACAGAUGACCUGCUGGUGGCAUCAGCUGAGUGUCCAAGCGAUGAUGAGGACAUCGAUCCCUGUGAGCCGAGCUCAGCCAAUCCCACGGGCGCUGGACCAAAGGGCUACCCAGGCACUUCAGAGGUCUUCCGCGAGUCCAGCAGCACUACAGGGAUGGUGGUCGGCAUUGUAGCAGCCGCAGCCCUCUGCAUCCUCAUCCUCCUUUACGCCAUGUACAAAUACCGGAAUAGAGACGAAGGCUCCUACCACGUAGACGAGAGUCGCAACUACAUCAGCAACUCAGCGCAGUCCAACGGCACCGUUGUUAAAGAGAAACCAGUCAACACCGCAAAGACCUCAAGCAAAAACAAGAAGAACAAGGAUAAGGAGUAUUACGUGUGAUCCUCAGUACAUUGGGCUUCGCCAGACCGAUGAAAACUUUUCUCAAAAAGACACAAAUCAGGAGAUCAUCAUGUGUACAGUAUAUUAACAAAGAGGAACAAAAAAACAAACAUUAUUUAGUCAUUUUUCCUGUAAGACAGUGCGCUGAAAAGAGAAUAUGAGAAUGAAAUAAAACUUUCUUUAGACUUAAAUCAAGCACACAAAACUACGGAGGUAGCACCAAGAUGUACUGUCCAGGAUGAGACUGACGAAAAAAACAAGGGUCUGGCAACCAGAUGAAUAUGAAAUUAAUACAUAUCUAACAUGACAACCAAACAAUGUUAACCCAUCUGUGACUUGUUUCCUUGACCAGGAUAAUGCCGUCUAGCUCCUUUGUUUCUGGCAAACAGAGGAGGAGAGAUGCACUUCGCGAAGGGAGAUUCAGCAUUACAAAACUUAAUGUUUUCAUUUACAUUGCCUGUGUUUGUGUUGUUGAGACUUUUUCUAUGAGAAAAUGACACAAUGCAUAAAUAAAUAAGUAAUUCCGCCAAACAUUUACUAUGGAUUAAGGACAACAAGAAAGCAACCAUAACGUGACAAUGCAUACAGAGCGUGGGAAAAAAAAAUCAAGUCUCUAUGGGAUGUUCAAAGAUUCAGCCAAAGUGUUUGCGCUCAUUCAAGAGGCAGCAAUGGCCGACAAGGACAAAAUACCUGGCUGACUGAUCUAUCACCAUGCAAGGAUGAGAAUGAAUUCCAGUUAUGCUCAAAAAGACUAUGUUUCAAAAGAUUAAUAUGUCCAUUGUGCCAGUACGAAAUCUGGAGGCCUUCGUUUUCACAUCGACGUGUGAACUCAAAGGAGAGCAAUUUCUCAGAGUUCUGGGGAUGUCUCAAAACUGAUGAUUUGGGAACCAUGCACGCAAAAUUAUCUUAUUACAGUACAUAUGUUUAUAUACAAUACAACCACAUCUAUAUGUGCUUUCUGGACUGUGACAAAGUGGUGUUUUAUAGCCUGUUGUAUAGAUGAUGCAAACUAUAACUGCUCCUCAACCAUUUUUGGAAUAAAAAUCGAAAAAGGACAAAAAGACAAACUUAAGUGUUAUUAAGUGUUGCUAGACAUAGAAGAUUUUAUGAAGACAUCUGCAUUAUUUUUUCAGUUGGAUUAUUUGAUUCUGCCCUGUUUUUACAUGUGUUCCUACAUAGAUUUUAUACAAAUGCCAAUCUGAGGUACACGACCAGUAGUAGCCUAUCCUGUCCUAAAAAUUGCACAAGGCAUUGAUGUUGGAGAGGCAUGGCAUGACAGUUUGUGUGGCCCUCUGUAAGGAUACUGGUAGAAUCACUGCCUUCCUGCUCAAUCCUGACUAAACCUACAUAAGUGAGAAUGGAGACAAAGACUAUGAAUGAUGGUUAUGGGUGAUGACGAUGAUGAUGAUGAUGGUCAUGACAAUUAACUUGCUGUGUGUGUGCGUCCAAGUGGUAUUACAUGAUUGUCCAAAUGUAUGCUUGGGCUGAUGCAAAACCCAAGGAGAUGAGUUCAAAUCUCCAUUUCAACUGUUUCUGUGUUUGUUCUGUCAUUCUGUCAGUCAAUUCUGCUUUUCCCGAGACCUGUACCUGGAAUGAGUAUGAGGAAAUUGACCAUGAACUAUAAAUGACGAUUAUAAAUUCUC